CAAAGCGAUAGGGAUUGCCCUAAUUCGAAGCCGUGCCCCACAGAACAACCGCCACAAGCACACCAGCGCUUACCGUUUCUCCCUCUUGAUAGGAAAAAUGGCGAGCGACGGAGACAACUCCGGCAAUCCGCCUGCCGGCAACCCACCCUCUACGCCGGACUCGCCCGUGUUCAACACCGAUCAGCUGCCGUUCAACACCAGCCGCACCUCCGAGAACUUCUCCACCGAUGAUGAGGCCUCUGUCGACCCCGACAUCAUCCGUGACGAGCCGGAGGAGGUCGAUGAGGAAGAAGAAGGAGAGGAUCUUUUCAAUGACAACUUCAUGGACGAUUAUCAGAGAAUGGAGGAGAACGAUCAAUAUGAGUCGGUUGGGCUCGACGAGUCAUAUGAGGACGAGAGGAACUUGGAUCAGAUCAUGGCCGAUCGUAGGGCUGCUGAAGUCGAGCUCGAAGCCCGCGAUGGCCAUGUCAAUAAUCGCAAGCUCCCUCAGCUUCUUCAUGAUCAAGAUACGGAUGAUGACAGCUAUAGACCUUCAAAGAGACAUAGAGCUGAUUUUAGACGUCCGAAUAGGCCGAGAAGCACUGAUGAUACUGAUGGCCCACCAAGUCCACCGGGAAGGUCGCCAGGGGGACACUCGAGGGAGGAUGUGCCCAUGACUGAUCAGACCGAUGAUCCAUAUGAGGAUGAGGACGAUGAGGAAGGGGAGUUUGAGAUGUACCGUGUCCAGGGAACACUGAGAGAAUGGGUGACCAGGGAUGAAGUGCGGCGUUUCAUUGCCAAGAAAUUCAAGGAAUUCCUACUUACAUAUGUUAAUUCCAAAAAUGACCGUGGAGAGCCUGAAUAUGUUCAGCUGAUCAAUGAGAUGGUGUCAGCCAAUAAGUGUAGUCUGGAGAUUGACUACAAAGAAUUCAUAUAUGUCCAUCCAAAUAUUGCGAUCUGGCUGGCAGAUGCCCCUCAACCUGUUCUUGAAGUCAUGGAAGAAGUGGCCCAGAAAGUUGUAUUUGAAUUACAUGAAAAGUAUAGGAACAUCCAUCAAAAGAUCUAUGUUCGUAUUACAAAUCUACCUGUUUAUGAUCAGAUACGUAAUAUAAGGCAGAUCCACCUAAAUACCAUGAUUCGAAUUGGGGGAGUUGUCACUAGACGAUCUGGAGUCUUUCCUCAGUUGCAGCAGGUAAAGUAUGACUGCAACAAGUGUGGGACUAUUCUUGGACCAUUCUUUCAGAAUUCCUAUUCUGAAGUGAAGGUUGGUUCUUGCCCUGAAUGCCAAUCAAGGGGACCUUUCACCGUCAAUAUUGAGCAGACAAUCUACCGGAACUACCAAAAACUUACACUGCAAGAGAGUCCUGGAAUUGUUCCCGCUGGUCGGCUUCCCAGAUACAAGGAAGUGAUACUGCUAAAUGAUCUGAUUGAUUGUGCCCGCCCUGGGGAAGAAAUUGAGGUUACUGGUAUUUAUACCAAUAAUUUUGACCUAUCAUUGAAUACAAAAAAUGGAUUCCCUGUCUUUGCUACUGUUGUUGAAGCAAACUAUGUGGCAAAGAAGCAAGAUCUCUUUUCUGCUUACAAGCUUACUCAAGAAGACAAAGAAGAAAUUGAAAAGCUUGCCAAAGACCCCAGAAUAGGUGAAAGGAUUAUUAAAUCUAUCGCACCAUCAAUAUAUGGUCACGAGGACAUGAAAACUGCGAUUGCCCUUGCUAUGUUUGGUGGACAAGAAAAAAAUGUUGAGGGGAAGCACCGACUGCGUGGAGAUAUUAACGUACUUCUCCUUGGUGACCCAGGCACCGCAAAAUCACAAUUUCUCAAGUAUGUGGAGAAGACUGGACACAGGGCUGUGUACACCACUGGUAAAGGGGCCUCCGCCGUGGGUCUUACUGCAGCAGUACACAAGGAUCCAGUCACAAGGGAGUGGACUCUUGAAGGAGGAGCCCUUGUCCUGGCUGACAAAGGAAUCUGUCUCAUCGAUGAAUUUGAUAAGAUGAAUGACCAGGACAGGGUGAGUAUACAUGAAGCUAUGGAACAGCAGAGCAUUAGCAUAUCGAAGGCUGGCAUUGUUACCUCUCUCCAGGCGCGGUGCUCUGUCAUUGCCGCUGCGAAUCCAAUUGGCGGAAGAUAUGAUUCCUCAAGGACUUUUUCUCAAAAUGUGGAGUUGACAGAUCCUAUUAUUUCUCGUUUUGACAUUCUCUGUGUUGUAAAGGAUGUGGUCGAUCCAGUUACUGAUGAGAUGCUUGCAAGAUUUGUAGUUGAUAGUCAUUUCAAGUCCCAACCAAAAGGCGCAACAAUAGACGAUCAGUCUUUGGGGGGAUAUGAGCAAGAAAGUCAAGCCUCUGCUGUACCUCUCGAUCCUGAGAUACUCCCACAAGAUUUGCUGAAGAAGUACAUAACUUAUGCCAAAUUGAAUGUUUUUCCAAGAUUGCACGACUCUGAUAUGGACAAGCUUACACAUGUUUAUGCAGAACUUAGGAGAGAAUCCUCACACGGUCAAGGAGUCCCAAUUGCCAUUCGUCACAUAGAAUCAAUGAUACGUAUGUCUGAAGCACAUGCCAGGAUGCACCUUAGGCAGCACGUCAUACAAGAAGAUGUGGAUAUGGCAAUUUGUGUUCUACUUGAUUCAUUCAUUUCAACCCAAAAAUUUGGGGUACAGAAAGCUCUGCAGAAGAGCUUUAGAAAGUAUAUGACAUUCAAGAAGGACUACAACAAACUGCUCCUCCAUCUUCUCCGUGAACUUGUGAAGAAUGCACUUCAUUUUGAAGAAAUUGUAAACGGUACUUCUUCAAGGUUCAUCACCCAAAUUGACGUAAAGGUAGAAGAACUGCAGAGCAAGGCGCAGGAGUACGAAAUUUACGAUUUGCAACCUUUCUUUUCAAGCACCCACUUUUCGAGAGCUAAUUUUGAGCUUGAUGUCGAGAGAGGACUGAUCAGGCAUUGUCUGCCCGGACCAGAUGUUUCCUAAUGAGCUGACAAAUUUAUUGGAAACUGGAAGAUUGCUUAGACUUCAAGGAGCCCGAUUGGAUAUUCUUGCAGUUGGGAGUCAGCAUUUGAUUUACUAAAAUCGUGUAUGGAGAUCAACUUCCAAGUUCAGAAUGUAUGCAGGAAUCCUUAAAAUGCAGUGCUCUAGAGUGAACUACGAUCAGACCGUGGAUAUAUCUUAACCGGUGUGAUGUAACAUCUGAAAGCUGAGCAUUCAGUGUGACCAUGUUCUAUA